CUGAAGAGUUGGUGGAAAGUGACAAGUUGAGGGAGGCUGAGAGCAAGAGAGGGAGCGCGAGGAGCAGGAGGAGCAGCCGCCGCCGCCGCCGCCGCCACGGACGGAGCCCCUGACCACAGCCCGAGGGCGCAGGGCUUGCUCUUCUGAGUCCGAGCUGGGGAGACUCGCCCUCCGCUGGAGCGACAGGGGCAGUCCGGGACUGACCGGCCGUUGAGACCGGGGCUGGGGAGCCACCGCGCUGACCGGGUCUUGAGGCUGCGGGGCGGAGGCGAGGGAGCAGGUUAGAAGGACAAAGAACUUUGCCGACGCCCCCGACAUCCUGCGGGGAGAGCAUCCGGGACGAGGUGGCUGGGAUCCCGGGCAGAGCCCGUGGAUGUUCUGCGCGUGGCCUGGGAGCCGCCGCCGCCAGAGGAGGAGGAAUGCACCGGCCGCGCCGCCGCGGGGCGCGCCCGCCGCUGCUGGCGCUGCUGGCCGCGCUGCUGCUGGCGGCGCGCGGGGCCGCUGCCCAAGAAACAGAGCUGUCAGUCACUGCUGAGUUAGUGCCUACCUCAUCAUGGAACAUUUCAAGUGAGCUCGACAAAGAUUCUUACCUGACCCUGGAUGAACCCAUGAAUAACAUCACCACAUCCCUGGGGCAGACGGCUGAACUGCACUGCAAAGUCUCUGGGAACCCGCCUCCCACCAUCCGCUGGUUCAAAAAUGACGCGCCCGUGGUCCAGGAGCCCCGGAGGAUCUCUUUUCGGGCAACCAACUACGGCUCUCGGCUGCGGAUUAGAAAUCUGGACACCACAGACACGGGCUACUUCCAGUGCGUGGCGACCAACGGCAAGAAGGUGGUUUCUACCACUGGAGUCUUGUUUGUCAAGUUCGGGCCCCCUCCCACUGCAAGUCCAGGGUCCUCAGAUGAAUACGAAGAAGAUGGAUUCUGUCAGCCAUACAGAGGGAUUGCAUGUGCAAGAUUUAUUGGCAACCGCACUGUCUAUAUGGAGUCUUUGCAUAUGCAAGGGGAAAUAGAAAAUCAGAUCACAGCUGCCUUCACCAUGAUUGGCACCUCCAGUCACUUGUCAGAUAAGUGUUCUCAGUUCGCCAUUCCUUCCCUGUGCCACUACGCCUUUCCUUACUGCGACGAAACCUCAUCCGUCCCAAAGCCCCGUGACUUGUGUCGCGAUGAAUGUGAAAUCCUGGAAAAUGUCCUGUGUCAGACAGAGUACAUUUUUGCAAGAUCAAAUCCCAUGAUUCUGAUGAGGCUGAAGCUGCCAAACUGUGAAGAUCUCCCCCAGCCAGAGAGCCCCGAAGCAGCAAACUGUAUCCGGAUUGGAAUUCCCAUGGCGGAUCCUAUCAAUAAAAAUCACAAGUGCUACAACAGCACAGGCGUGGACUACCGAGGGACGGUCAGUGUGACCAAAUCCGGGCGCCAGUGCCAGCCAUGGAACUCCCAGUACCCUCACACACACACCUUCACCGCCCUCCGCUUCCCGGAGCUGAACGGGGGGCACUCCUACUGCCGGAACCCGGGGAACCAGAAGGAGGCGCCCUGGUGCUUCACCCUGGACGAAAACUUCAAAUCGGAACUGUGUGACAUCCCAGCCUGCGAUUCGAAGGACUCCAAGGAAAAGAAUAAAAUGGAAAUCCUGUACAUACUGGUGCCGAGCGUGGCUAUCCCUCUGGCCAUCGCCCUACUCUUCUUCUUCAUCUGCGUCUGCCGCAAUAACCAGAAGUCGUCGUCGCCUCCUGUCCAGAGGCAGCCGAAACACGUCAGAGGUCAAAACGUGGAGAUGUCCAUGCUGAAUGCAUAUAAACCCAAGAGCAAGGCUAAGGAGCUGCCACUUUCUGCUGUACGAUUUAUGGAAGAAUUGGGUGAAUGUGCCUUUGGAAAGAUCUAUAAAGGCCAUCUCUAUCUCCCGGGCAUGGACCAUGCUCAGUUGGUUGCUAUAAAGACUUUAAAAGACUAUAAUAACCCCCAACAAUGGACAGAAUUUCAACAGGAAGCCUCUCUGAUGGCCGAACUCCACCACCCCAACAUUGUCUGCCUUCUAGGCGCUGUCACUCAGGAGCAACCUGUGUGUAUGCUUUUUGAGUAUAUGAAUCAGGGGGACCUCCACGAGUUCCUCAUCAUGCGAUCCCCGCAUUCGGAUGUCGGCUGUAGCAGUGAUGAAGAUGGGACUGUAAAAUCCAGCCUGGAUCACGGAGACUUUCUGCACAUUGCAGUUCAGAUCGCAGCUGGCAUGGAAUACCUGUCCAGUCAUUUCUUUGUCCACAAGGACCUCGCCGCUCGCAAUAUUUUAAUCGGAGAGCAACUUCAUGUAAAGAUUUCAGACCUUGGGCUUUCCAGAGAAAUAUACUCCGCCGAUUACUACAGGGUGCAGAGCAAGUCUUUGCUGCCCAUUCGCUGGAUGCCCCCUGAAGCCAUCAUGUAUGGCAAAUUCUCCUCUGAUUCAGAUAUCUGGUCUUUUGGGGUUGUCUUGUGGGAGAUUUUCAGUUUCGGACUCCAGCCCUAUUACGGAUUCAGUAACCAGGAAGUGAUCGAAAUGGUGAGAAAACGGCAGCUGUUACCAUGCUCCGAAGACUGCCCGCCCAGAAUGUACAACCUCAUGACAGAAUGCUGGAAUGAGAUCCCUUCCAGGAGACCGAGAUUUAAAGAUAUUCACGUCCGGCUUCGGUCCUGGGAGGGACUCUCGAGUCACACCAGCUCCACUACGCCUUCGGGGGGAAACGCCACCACGCAGACCACCUCCCUCAGCGCCAGCCCCGUGAGCAAUCUCAGCAACCCCAGAUAUCCCAACUACAUGUUCCCGGGCCAGGGUAUCACACCACAGGGCCAGAUCGCUGGCUUCAUUGGCCCGCCGAUACCUCAGAACCAGAGAUUCAUCCCCAUCAAUGGCUACCCAAUACCUCCUGGCUAUGCAGCGUUUCCAGCUGCCCACUAUCAGCCACCAGGUCCUCCCAGAGUGAUUCAGCACUGCCCACCUCCCAAGAGCCGGUCCCCGAGCAGUGCCAGUGGGUCCACGAGCACUGGCCAUGUGACCAGCUUGCCCUCAUCAGGAUCCAAUCAGGAAGCAAAUAUUCCUUUACUACCGCACAUGUCAAUUCCAAACCAUCCCGGUGGAAUGGGUAUCACCGUUUUUGGCAACAAAUCUCAAAAACCCUACAAAAUAGACUCAAAGCAACCAUCUUUGCUAGGAGACUCCAAUAUUCACGGACACACCGAAUCUAUGAUUUCUGCAGAAUUAUAAAAUGCACAACUUUUGUAAAUGCGGUACACAGAAAAAAAACUAGAAAGCCGUAGGAAAAAAAUUAUAUUCAAAUGUUUUUAUGAAAGUACGGUUCUCAUUUAGCAGAUACUGCAACAGGUAUCUUCUGUGAAGUUUAAUUGUGUCUUACCAAGCAGGGCAGACACCAGCCAGAAGGGGACGCUGUGGGACUAAGGCCUUACAGGGUGUACACCACAGCCGCGGGGCUGGCAACGCCGGUUUCAAGUACCGAAACCUGCAAACCAGCGAAGAGGAAAAGAUCCUUGUGGUUAUGCAUCAAACCAAAAAGGAAAGUCACAUGGUGCUUUGUGUAUUUCACUUUGAGUCACCAUGACUGGUCUCUCCCCAAAAUGUAUAUACCGUAGCAUUUGUCUACCUGCUGUCUUUUCUUCAGGACAUAUGUUCAGGAAUUAUGUUGAUUCAAUUUAGACUCUAUGCAUCUUUGUGCGGAAAUGAUGUUCAAAAUCAAUGAGGAAACCUUAGGCCAAAUUUGAAAUCCCACAUGGAAAUGAGCCAUAAGACAAGAGUUAAGUUCCCCUGAAGCCUUGUACACAGUGGGGCUUCUUUGGGAAGGUGCAGAGUGUGGCUCUUUGUGAAUCUCCUCUGCUGAUCAUGAAGGCCUUUUCUACAUUUUCUUUUUCCACAGUGUGUUUACACAAGCCCUUGAAAAAAGUAUAGGGCUUCAGACCAUAAGAAGGCUAGAUGUGGAUGUUGGAAUUGAUUACUGGUUGGUAGUGAUAGUUUAUUUUGUUGUAGUAGAAAUGAGGCACCAAAGGAAGCACAGUCAGGAAAAUGGCCCCUCGGCCUAGAUCGGCAUCCGUGGGAGAGGAACAGGGCUCCCAUGAGGACAGCCUUGUGGGAGCUUCCCUGGACUGGUAACACUGAAGAAUAGAGGCGUGGCUGCAGACCAGCAGGUCAGUGCUUGCGACGUCCUGCCUCCGAGUUGUUCGGUGGACUCUGGGGGAGUAGGAAACUGACACCAAUAUCUAGUUAAAUUUGCUCUCACUUUUUUUUUUCUGAUCUGGAAGUGUUCACAGAUUUUAUUUCAGUACCGAGAGUUAUGACAAUUUAUUCAUAGGGUCAGUUGGAAUCCAAAGACUAUGAAUUCUAUUUUGUAAAAUAUCACAGUAUUUCUAAGAAACAAGUACUGAGUUCUCACUUCAAAACUUAACCAUGAACUGAAAUUUUUUAGCUGAUAAAUAGAAGCAAAUGAUCAUUUUUGCCUUAGUUAGAGGAAGG